GCCCCGGCUCGGCCUAUGACAGCAGGAACCCGCCGCUGCGGCCGCCGCUGUCUCUGCCGCCCCCCGCCGCCGCCCCGGCAGCGCCCCGGGCCGCGGCUCUCGCCUUGCAGCGGCCGCCAGGACGCUGUCAUGCAGGACCCUACCCCGGAGCGCGCCGAGGAGAGCCGGGCGGCGGCGGAGGGCGGCGGCAGCGGGGCCUCCUGGCUGCAGAAGGUGUUCGAGGAGGUGCGGGGCUCCUCGCAGCUGAGCGUGGCGCCCGCGGAGCCGCCGGCGGUGACGGUGGUGGCGGUGGAGCGGUACCUGGCGCAGGCCCCUCCGCCCCCGGCCGCCCCCCCGGCCCCUCAGUACUGGUACGACGUGACGCUCGCGGACGGCGCGCGCCGGCAGCGCUGCCACCUCGAGCCGCGCCUGAACGGGCUCGUGCAGCGCGCGCGCCUGCGGGCGGGAGCGCGCCUGCGCCUCACGCGCUGCUCGUACCGCUACGACGAGAAGCGGCUGAACCGCGGGUUCCUCUGCCUGGAGGGGCUGGAGCGGGCGGGGGGGCCGGGAGACACCGCCGCCACCGCGGGCACCCCGCCCGACGGCACCCGCCAGCUCCAGCCCCUCCGCGGCGAGAACAGGCACUACCUGCCGCUCUGGAACAACGAGGAUCCCUACGGAGACGUGUGGAUGCCCGACAGACCCCCGGCGCAGGUGGAUGUGGACGUGUCCAAGCUGACUAAUCUUGGUCAUCUGGAAAUGACAUGGAGAAGCAGAGUGCGCUUCCAUCCACUCCUUGUGAGAAUCCUGCACAAAUCUAGACUAAGGUACUACGGAAAACCAGGGAAAGCAAUGGAUAUGCCUUAUCAGGCUUAUUUUGAAGUUGCUGAUGGUUCAGGCAUGACAUCAAUGGUUUUGUGGAGUUCACUGUGUCCUGAGUGGUAUAACAGCAUGAAGGUUGGCACAGUCCUUCUCCUUGAACAGUACGCAAUCAAAGACAGUUACCCGUUUAAAACACAGCCAACACCGGGGGAUUCACAGAUGAAGAGAUUUGCUACAAUUGAAAUUAGCCUUAAUGAUCGAAAUCCUCCUACUAAAAUAAGCAUUAUUCCAGAAGAAAUGGUUAAGCCAGAAUGGGGAUUACCUGAAGUUAAAUAUCGGUUUAUCACAAGGUCAGAACUGGAUGACUUACCACACAAUUAUUCCUGUGAUGUCAUUGGUCUUGUGACAUUUGUAGGAAGGGCUGAACGAGCCAGAAAAAGAGAUCACUGUGAAGACUUCUGGCUCUAUCGUUGGGCACAUGCCAUUGAUGGGACCUCAGACCAACCAUUCAUACUGGAAUUAUUUGCAACUUCUCAGCCAGAUGUGUUUGAGCGUAUUCACCCAAUGACAUACUUGGUGUGCACACAGAUGAGAGUAGUCCGGGACCUCACUGGGAAUCCUUCCAGCACAAUUUACCUCACGACUUCAAAUGAAAGUCAAAUAUUCAUUACAGGGUGGCACAAGGGUCAACCAUACACUAAGGACACCAAAGUGAAAAACUUCAUUCAAUGGAUGAAAUCACAAAGUGAAGCUGAUCAAAUAAAGAGAACUGUCAUUGGUGGCUAUUACCCUUUUCCACGACCUCCAGAUAACUUUUCAGAUUAUUGUAAAAGCAAUAAAGUUGAAUCAGUUUUGAAGACCAUAAGUGAAACAGGGAAAGAGAUUGAAGACUUGCACUACAGAGAACACAAGCGCAUUGCUGUUCAGGGAAUAAUUGGUGCCAUAAGAUACAUCAGCUGUAGCAACACAGCUGAAGAAGUUUCAGGAGUGGAACUUGUUCAGAAAGACACUUCUCAGUCUCUUGAAAGUUCUGCUGUUUCCAAAGAAGACUCUGUUGACAGGGGAAAAAAUACCAGCCUUCAAAAUGAAGAAGUUAAGUCUUUUCUGGGUCCACAUGGCUCUCCUGGGGAACAACAUCAGCAGCAAGCUCUGCUGUCAAAGGAGAGUUCAGUCAAGAGAAAGAUACGCAGAUUAAACAGAGAUGCAGAACAGGAAAGUACAUCUGUUAUUGCUGCAUCGUCUUGCCCCUAUUUUACACGGUCUGCAAGAAGAAAAUUUAGGUUGGAUGAAUAUCAACACGGAGAUGUUGUGCAAGAUAAAAAUGGACAGGCUGUAUCAGCCAGUUUGCAGUACUGCACAGACCGAGAAGGAACAAGUGAUAUACCUGAAACUGAAGAGACUAGAAGAACUUGUGAUUCCUGGCAGAGUGACCUGUGGACACAAGUGAAAGACAAAUUAAUGAAAUAUUUGCAUCACAGCAAAAUUUUCCCUGAAAGUAUCCCACGUAAAUUUGAUUAUGUGUACAAAGACUUACUUAUGCAACAGUACAACCUUCAUGCAGCAGUGCACCAGCCAAAAGAAACCACAGCAGAGAAAAGUAUCGAUGAGUUUAAAAGUGCUAGUGGCCUUGGGUACUAUGAAGUGACAGUUCUGGGUGUAAACCACGAUGUAGCAAUAGAUGUUGCAUUUCUCCCGCUGUUUUGUCCUGAAGAUCCCCACUUAUUUCAACUGGAAGAGAUUCAAAAUGACACAUUAUUGUCUUGUAUGAGCUGCAUCUCUGCACAUCAGCAGAAGGCCACUAGCAAUGGAAGGCCUUGUGACGUGUUUUCUCUUUCAGAUGAAAUUGUAAAAGCAGCAAAGGAUCUCGAUGGCAAACAUGUUGUCUGCAUCUUGGACAUCUGUCACUUGGGUGAUGACAAGGUGGAAGUCUUUCUGACCAAAAUCUACAAGACAGAGGAACCAGGUGUGCUGGAUCCAGUAUAAUUUAAUAACUUAUUUUUCAAAUUUAUAUUGUUCAAAAGAAGGGAAAUAAAAUUUCUGUAACUUGAA